CGAAUAUCUGCAUUGACGUCACAGGAAGCAUCACAUCCAGCCCCGUCCCGCUGUUGCAGCUCCUCCUCCUCCGUGCCAUGAGUACAACGGCCGCCAAGGCGAGCGGCAGCUAUGCCGCCGGACCGCCCGACAUUCUUCGCCCGCGCAGCCACGACCUCGGUGGUGAGGUGGCCUCGGCCAGUGACGGCGAUGACCUCCUCAACGCCCUCGGCUACAAGGCCGAACUAGCGCGCACCCGCUCGACGUGGCACGUCGCCUUCAUGUCCUUCGUCCUUGCCUCGAUUCCUUACGGUCUGGCCACCACCCUGUACUACCCGCUGCAAAACGGCGGUCCCGUCGUUGUCAUCUGGGGCUGGGUCAUCAUCAGUGCCAUCAUUCUCUGCGUUGCGGCUUCUCUUGGUGAAAUCACUUCGGUUUAUCCUACGGCUGGCGGUGUCUACUACCAGACUUUCAUGAUUGCGCCCGCCAAGUAUCGGAGAGUGUCAGCCUACAUUUGCGGAUGGGCCUAUGUCGUUGGCAAUAUCACGAUUACCUUGGCUGUGAACUUUGGUACGGCUCUGUUUUUUGUCGCUUGUGUCAAUGUCUUCCAAAAUGAGGACGGCAGCGAUAUCUGGCAGGCGGAGACCUACCAGAUCUUCCUGGUAUUUCUGGCUAUUACGUUGCUGUGUAACGCCAUCUCAGCGCUGGGCAACAAGAUCCUGCCUCUUUUGGAUACCUUCGCCAUCGUCUGGACCUUCGUCGGCCUCAUUUGCAUCCUCGUCACCAUCCUCGUCGUAGCCAAGGAAGGCCGCCACUCCGGCGCUUACGCUUUCGGCCAUUUCGAGCCCACCUCCGGCUGGCCCAAGGGUUGGGCCUUCUGCGUCGGUCUCCUGCAUGCCGGCUACGCCACCUCUUCGACUGGCAUGAUUAUCUCCAUGUGCGAGGAAGUCCAGCGCCCCGCCACCCAGGUGCCCAAGGCCAUGGUCAUCACCAUCGUCAUCAACGCUAUCGGCGGCCUGGUCUUCAUGAUUCCCCUCAUGUUCGUCCUCCCUGACAUUGCCAUGCUGGUCGCCUUGCCGUCCGGUCAGCCCGUCCCCACCAUCCUCAAGUCCGCUGUCGGCUCCUCUGUUGGAGCUAUCUGCUUGCUUAUUCCCCUGAUGGUCUUGGGUAUCCUCUGCGGCACUGCUUGCACCACCGCCGCCUCUCGCUGCACUUGGGCAUUUGCUCGCGACGGUGCCAUCCCCGGGGCCAGGUGGUGGAAGGAGGUGCACACCGGUCUGGAUCUGCCGCUGAACGCCAUGAUGUUGUCCAUGGUCAUCCAAAUCUUGCUGGGCGUCAUUUACUUUGGUUCGUCGGCGGCUUUCAACGCCUUCAGUGGCGUUGGUGUCAUUUGCUUGACCAUUUCAUACGCGGUGCCCAUUGCCGUAUCGAUGAUUGAAAAGCGGAAGCAUGUCAUUGGUGCCAAGUUCCCGCUGGGCAAGUUUGGGUGGUUUUGCAACAUUAUUGCUUUGGCCUGGUCCUUCUUCGCAGUCCCCCUCUUCUGCAUGCCCGCCUACAUCCCCGUUAGCGCCGGCACCGUCAACUACGCCCCUGUUGUCUUCGUCGGCUUCACCUCCGUUUCUCUGGCGUGGUACAUCACCUGGGGCCACAAGAACUACGCCGGCCCGCCCACAGAACAGGUUGGCGAGGAUGUCGCGACCAUGAAUACAGGUGCCGCAUCGGCGAUCCCUGGCGAUGUCAAGAAGCCAGUGCCGGUAGAGGGAUCCUUGGGGAAGAAGGAUUGAAAGGUGGCCAAGUGGACGCUGGCUGCCAUUCCCCCCUAUCAACUAGGGUGAAAGAGAAAAAGAACAGAGCGAUGAACUGUUUCAUGUAUAGAUUAUAUGACUCUUGGAUAUGAAAAGCGAGAUGGUAAUGUUAAUGAAUUGGAUAUACUUGAGA